AUGGUAGACAAAGAAGAAGACUUGUCGAAGGAUUUCUCAGAUCUUUUGGGUCGAGCUUCCACUUUAGAGGGCCAGGGCCGAAGAGCGGAAAGGAGAAACCGAGUGAAGAAUCUUGCCGAUGGCUUGGGAAGAUCUUCCCCAAGGAAUUCUUUGAGCACUGAGGACAAGAAUGCGUCAGUUCGGAAUCUUGCGAAACGCUUCGAAGCACCAUCGAUUCCUGAUACUCAGAGCAUCUCGAGCCAAGGAACAGAGACCACAGCAAGUACGACCACUACAGCAACAACGACAAACAAUUCAAGUUACCAGAACAAGCCUAGUGUGCGCCAUUCCACACCAUCUUCCCAGCCAUCUGCAAAAAUGCUCAUGGCUCAUGCAGCUUUCGCAGGGACUCCAACUAUCAUGGACAAGCUUCCUCCAAAGCGAACAUCAGGAGCACCGACAACAAUCAUGGACAAGCUUCCUCCAAAACGGUCUUCCACAGUUGCUUCAAGAGCUGCUAUAUUUGCGGCAGAAAAUAAAUCUUCUGACAUCAAGUCCUCGCUGACUCCAACGAUUACAGCUGCCCCAGUGCCAUCACCAAAGAUGAAACUGACCCAGGCGUCAUUUUCUCGAACUCCAACCAUGGAACAAAUGCUCCCCGAAACAAGACCAUCAGCGAUAUCACCAACAAAGCCAUCAAACACGGAUUGUACAGAGCCAUCACAGUUCUUCAAGCUAGCACAAGCAGCCUUUUCUGGAUUUUCUAGCACUCCACCUGCUGCACAGAGUCCACCUCAAAAGCGAACGCCCAUGUCAACAGGAAAGGUAGCAUCUUCUCCAGUCCGUUCACCCAAAAUGAAGCUAGCACAAGAUAUGUUUUCGGGCACUCCUGCUAUUACACAGAGCCUUCCGGCCAAGCGCGCCUCGGCAUCUGCGGGGGCUCAGAAGGCGUCCGCCAACCCUGGAUUCUUUGCAGCAUGGAACAAUAUCAAUGCCUUGACACAGCCUUCGAAUAACCCAACACCUCCGAUGUAUGGCUUUGGAAAGUCACCCUCACUAGCCAUCCCGGCUGCGAAGAAUCCAACAACAACUCCGAUGUAUGGCUUUGGAAAGUCACCCUCACUUGCAAUCCCGGCUGCUACUCCACGGAGAAGACAGCCUUCUACGCAAACUACACCCGCCACAAGAGAUGAGCACUCCUUCCUUCACUCGCCAGAGCAACAAGAAGCCUAUAAGCAAAAGUCUCGAAUUCUAAAAGCUCAGAGCGUCAGUACCACCGAUAAGCUUCGAAUGUAUCUCACAUCCGUCCAAGAACCACUGACGGAAAAGAAAACUGGACUAGAUGCUGAACUCGAUGCCAUUGAUGUUCCUUUUUCGUAUGGUGGAAACAGGAACAAUCAAGUGCCUGCCUCACAAUCCGCGCCAAAGAGCCAUGAGAAAUUUGUUGACGAGUCACAUCAAGGCCAAGACGGUGCUAGCGACAGCUCCGAUUCGUCACCAACCUUCUCAGGUGUGGUUUCCAAGUCAAUCGACAAGAUCAUUUGGAACUAUAGUGGGACCUAUUCAGAUAAUCCUCGGGAUUCACCGCCAGCUGUUCCAGUGGUGGACAACCCAGACUCGGCGAAGCGUUCCGGAUUUAUGGAGGUGGACAUUUCCAAAGACGGUAUUGAUGACUUUGAUUUUGUGGAAGACGACGACGAUCUUUUCCAUGACGAGUAUGGAGUAAUCACACAUGCCAAACAAAAAGAGAAAAGGCGCCGAAUGAUUACAUGGUUCUGUGUCUGGGUCGGGGCAGCGGUUGUGGGAUCAUCUUCCAUUUUUGGACUUGGAUUACUCGAUGCUUCAGAUGACGGUGUACGUGUACCUUCAAAGCCAUGGACUGGUGACUGCUUCGGCAACAAACUGGAAUUACGUAUGGCAAUUGAUCGAUUUCUUCAAGACGAAUCCCCAGCAAGUGAUCUGGCUGCAAAGUAUGGCUGGCCCAUCAAUUCAUGGUGCGUCAGUGAACUUGACGACUUUAGCUACUUGUUCCGAGCCCAGGUCGGCGAUGGCGGUAGCCCGGUGCGGCUAUCGAGCUUCAAUGAAGAUAUCAGUGCAUGGGAUGUCAGCAAUGGUCGAUUCUUCAACGAAAUGUUCUUGGGUGCCAACUUCAACCAAGAUUUGUCCAAAUGGAAUGUUGGAAAUGCUAUUAAUAUGGAACGAAUGUUUGAUGCCUCUAGCUUUAGUGGCGACUUGUCAUCUUGGGAUGUGAAGAAUGUCAAGAAUACAAAGUUCAUGUUCCGAAAUGCAAGGAACUUUAACAGCGACUUAUCGAAAUGGCAACUUGCUCCAGAGACCAUGGAAGGAAUGUUCUUGAACGCGGAAUCGUUCUCUAGUGACCUAGGAGGAUUUGAUGUUUCGGAUGUUCGAGACUUUGCCGAUGUCUUUUCGGGUGCUUCUUCCUUCAAUGGCGACAUUUCCACUUGGAAAAUGAAUAGCGCGGAGCGACUCGACAGUCUCUUCAAGGACGCCGAGCUAUUUAAUGGCGAUAUUUCCAAAUGGUCGAUGAAGCCAAGUUCGAUGGAUAGCACAUUUUAUGGGACCAGUUCCUUUACUGGCCGUAGAGGCCUGCAGAACUGGGACACGUCACAAGUGAAUGAUAUGAGUCGGCUCUUUGCCUAUAGCAAAUUCCAAGGCGAUAUUUCAUCUUGGAACAUGGUAUCCGUAACCACCACCAAAGAAAUGUUUUUGGGUUGUCAGUCGUUUGAUGGAGAUGUGUCCAAGUGGGACGUAUCGAAUGUCAAGGACUUUUCGUCCAUGUUUGAGGGAGCCGAUGCCUUUUCUUCCGACCUCUCCAAAUGGGAUGUUUCCUCUGGAACCAAAUUUGAUCGGAUGUUUGCUGGCACGAGCAGUUUCAACAAGGACCUUUCCAUGUGGAAUAUUGCAUCUGUUCGAACCAUGACAGAGAUGUUUGCCAAUGCUACCAGCUAUUCCAAAGACUUGUGCACCUGGGCUCCCCAAGUGAAUCAAACUUUUGACAAGCCGAGUGAUUUGGACCUUUCCCAAUGGUCUCUAUUCGAAGGAACGAGAUGUCCAGAGAAAAAUACUCUUCCUGAUUUUUCAGCUACCCCACCGGGCCCGUUUUGUCAUCCAUGUAGUCAAUAG